UACUGUAUGCACACGUGAACACACGGCGCCGAAAAGCGAAUAGGGGGUUGCCAUUUUGACCAUAGCCAAUACAUUUAAUUUGUUUCCACUGUCUGCAAUACAAUCAUUAUUCAAAACACUAUCAAUCGUUGUUACGUUGCAACAUGCCGUCGCUCAUGGACUCGCUCGAAUCCGGAUUGGACUUCAUAGAAUUCCUCGGAGAGAGGAAAUCGACUAUGUCGGAUAGAAAAGAACUUCGUGACAUUUACAAUUUAGAAUUCAAAUGCAGGGAAGGAAUGAAAGACCCCCACUUUUCCAACGUUCUAUAUGCCCUGCUGAAAUUCAACAAAGUCCGCAUACGACAGGGGAAAUUAUACUUUAAUGUCAAACCCCAGGUCCGAGUGUACUACUGUGACCAGUGGAGGAGACCUUCAGUACGUCAACAACAGGACAAUAUCACACCUCAGGAAAAUGGAGGAGCCCCAGAGCCUUUCUCUCCUCUCACAUCCUCUUCCGCUACCCCUGUCGACACUGUGUUGACACCCAAGAAGAGGCUCGCUAAAGAAAUCCUCCAAAGCCUAAAGGUGAACAGGGCAGAGUUGACCUCUGACAAGGGCGGCAUUGAGAUCACUUCAGAUCCUGAGAUGACCAAUGGUAAAGUCACGUUCAGCGUGGAGCGCCUGCAGGAAACGUUUGCAGUCAAGUUCUAUAUUUCUAACAACGGAGCGAGCUGUGUGUAUUUCACCUAUUACACAGCUCUGCACAGGAUCCGCUGUUUUACACUGAUGGACGAGAGAAGAGUGACUCGGGCCUGUCCGCUCUUCCUAUGUCCAGGGGAAAGCUAUGAUGUAGAGGUUCACUAUUGGCUGCAUCAUUAUGGCCAUUUCCCUGCCACCAUGUACUUUGAGUUCUGCACGGAGUCAGACCCUCCAGGCUCUUCUAAGCCCUUCUGCAUAGUGAGGGAGAUGGAGGCAUCAGCCAGGACUCACUUAGCUGUGGAGCUGGGGCCUUUCGCUCCCUUCAAGCCUUGUCAAGUGGUGCCAUACAAGCCUGUGGACACGGUGAUAGUUGAGGGAGAGCCCCCUGAAAGAUCUGUUGUCCAGCCUCUGAAAAUGCUAGUGAAACUCAGAGACUAUAAGUAUCCCUUUUAUCUGAAGGACCUGGCUAAACAGAGACUGGAGGACUCUGAGUACCUCUCACCUACAGCCAGACAGAAGCUCUCAUCGGUGAGAAACCUCCUUAAAUGCCCCCUGAAGAUGAGGAACUACCACCAUCGCUUCCACCUCCUGCUGCACCUGGAGGAGAUCCAGAUGGAGGUGGACAUCAAGAAAUAUGACCUCCAUCACCAAACCAUGACUCAGGAUAGGGACAACAGAAGACUCCUGGUUCUACAUGUCCCGGGUGUGGCAGAGAAUAGGCCAUCUGUCCUUAGGGGAGACUGCCUGAAGGUGGCCAAGUCUGAGGACAAGGUCCAACCCAUCACAGUGUAUACAGGCUACGUUCAUAGAGUGGAGCUAGAAAGAGUCAAGCUGGGCUUCUCAAAGAGGCUGGUGCAGAGCUUCAUCAGUAACACAAGGUUUGACGUGGAGUUCACCAUCAAUCGUUUCCCCUUGAAGCUGCAGCACCGGGCGGUGGACCUGGCAGAGAAGCACCAGAUGGACGAGGUGCUCUUCCCAUCGGGCUCUGGAGUCCGGACUACCCUCAUGCCCAAACUCAGCAUGUUUAAUCGUCAGCUGGAGAACAACCCGGAACAACAUGCAGCCAUCCAACGCAUCGUGUCUGGGGCCUCCAAGCCUGCUCCUUACCUGGUGUUUGGACCUCCAGGGACCGGCAAGACUAUCACUCUAGUUGAAGCCAUGAACCAGCUGAACAGAGUGGAUCCUCUGUGCCACAUUCUGGCAUGUGCCCCAUCUAAUAGUGCAUCAGACCUGUUGUGUGAGAGGCUGCUGGGUCACAUGGACCCUCACUGUGUCUACCGUCUCUAUGCCAGCAGCAGACCCCUCAGCACGGUGCCCCAAAAUCUCCUGAAACAUUGUAACUGGGACGCGAGCCAGGACAGCUUUGUGUUUCCCACAAAGGAGGUUUUGAUGGGCUACAAGGUCAUCAUCACCACACUGGUGACAGCAGGGCGGCUUGUGUCUGGCGGCAUCCCAGUCGGUCACUUCACCCAUGUGUUCAUUGAUGAGUCGGGUCAAGCAGUGGAGCCAGAGAGCAUCAUUGGGAUCGCAGGCCUGCUCCAUCCAGAGGAGGGCCAGCUGGUAUUGGCUGGAGACCCUCAGCAGCUAGGACCCAUCUUACGAUCCCCCCUGGCCAUGCAGUAUGGAAUGGGGAUUUCUUUGCUAGAGAGACUGAUGAAAGACAACCCACUGUAUCAGAAGGAUGGAGAAUUUGGACACUUUGACAGUCGCUUUGUGACCAAGCUCCUUCGCAACUACAGGUCCCACCCUGCUAUUCUGAAGAUUCCCAAUGAGCUCUUCUAUGAGAAGGAGCUGCAGGUGUUUGCAGACCAGUGGGAUCGUGAAACCUACUGCAACUGGGAGCAUCUGCCCAAGGAGGGGUUCCCACUGAUAUUCCAUGGAGUGUUGGGAAAGGAUGAGAGAGAAGGCAACAGUCCGUCCUUCUUCAACGUGUCAGAGAUUGAGGUCCUGGUGGACUACCUCACCAAGUUGAUGAAGACCCAGGGCAAGAAGGGCCUGCCCAAACUGUCCCCUAAAGACAUUGGCAUCAUCGCUCCCUAUAGGAAACAGGUUGAGAAAAUCCAAAAUGCUCUGAAUUUUGUCAAAGAGUUGAGUCAAUGGAAGGACAUCAAGGAGCUCAAGGUGGGUUCAGUGGAGGAGUUCCAGGGACAGGAGAGAAAGAUCAUCAUGGUCUCUACCGUCCGCAGCAGCAUCAACUACGUCAAGAUGGACCAAGACUUUAACAUUGGCUUCCUCACUAACGAGAAGAGAUUCAAUGUGGCCAUGACCAGAGCCAAGGCCCUGCUGAUAGUGGUGGGAAACCCUGUUAUCCUCAACAAGGACCCAACUUGGGAGCGGUUUAUCAGCUAUUGUGUGGAGGAGCAGGGGUACACUGGCUUCGACUUCACUGACGCUGAAGGAGAAGAAGAUGUAGUAACACGACUGGCUUCCCUUAAAAUCAUGGUGGAGUCUUCUACAGGUCUGGCAGAGGAGAGUGACCUCUAGCAGUAUGUCCAUCCAGAAUGGAGGACUGAGCAGUAGCCCUCUGGACACCAGCAAAGCUGGGCAGGAGCUAGGGCUGUGGCGGUCAUGAUAUUUUGUCAGCCGGUCUCAUGGUAAUUGACAGUUAAUUAACAUAAACAUGUUUAGCAUCUCCAGGCCUCCACGCAUAUAAGCCGCUGAUGCACGCCUUUGGAACAUCUACAUUUAAAAAACGUAAAAUAAAUCAAUUUUAAUAUACACAAUCACAAUAAAUCCAUUAUUUAUUUUAGGCAGGUCUAAAGAAACAUGAUAUGAAGAUAAUUUGUUUUC